GUUGCAACUUUCUUCACCAUAACCUCAUAGCCAUAUUGUUCAAUUCUUUGCGAGGAUGGCAGUUAAAGUUUAUGGGCCUGUAACUGCUGGUUGCCCCCAAAGAGUACUAGUUUGCCUAGUAGAAAUGGGAGUGGACUUUGAAGUUGUGCAUGUAGACCUUGAGACUGGUGACCAUAAAAAACCUGAAUUUCUUCCCCUUCAGCUCUACUGCAAUUUUCAUGGCAAGGACUGAAAAAACAGGCAGAAAGUUUACUACAACUAUAUAAAGUUUCCAGGUAAUGUCAGGUUUUUUCUUCUUGUCUAAUUCUAUCCAAUCCGCUUUGCCUCUGCUUUUUCAGCCCUUUGGCCAAGUUCCAGUCAUUGAGGACGGUGAUUUCAGGCUCUUUGAAUCAAGGGCGAUUGUUAGGUACUAUGCAUCAAAGAAUGCCGACCAUGGUCCAAACCUUUUGGGAACCACUUUGGAAGAGAAAGCACUGGUGGAUCAAUGGCUGGAAGUGGAGUCGCACAACUUCAAUGACAUGAUAUAUGGUCUUGUUCUUCAGCUGGAGGUCCUGCCAAGGAUGGGAGAGCCCUCAGAUUUCAAACUAGUCCAGAAAUUUGCGGACAACCUCGAUAAGGUGCUUGAUGUGUACGAGGAAAGGCUGUCGAAGAGCAAGUACCUUGCUGGGGAUUAUUAUACCAUUGCAGAUAUGUGUCACCUUCCAGGCAUCACAUUUUUAUUGACCGAUAAUGGAUUGGGGCAUUUGAUUAGGGAGAGGAAGAAUGUGAAUUCAUGGUGGAAUGACAUCUCCAGCCGCCCUGCUUGGAAGAGAGUCCUGGAGCUGAUGAAAUGAUCAUUUACUGUUGGUUUUCUUUUUUUCUUUUUUAAUAAUCAUUUGAUCAUUCAGUUAUGUGUCAUGCAUUCAAUUCAAUGUUGGUUGUGGUUUGUCUUCUAUUUUAUGUUGGUUGUGGGUUCAUAUUAUUGUUUGGAUUUA